CAUCGUUCGAAAAUCCGUUUCUUUCUUAAAUCAUCCCACACCUUCAAUUGCAAGUUGUACUCUCCGCGAAGUCGAAACACCACCACCCCACCAAACUUCACCUUGACGUCACAUCCUCUUAAUUCCACCAACCCAUCCUCAUCCCGCAAACACUCAAUGCCCUUCGACCCCAACCUGCGCAACACCCUCCUCUUCCUCGCAAUCUUCAUCCUCGCCUUCUUCCCCAACCUCUUCCAACUCCUCCUCUACCCCAUCCUCCUCCCCUUCAGCUAUCUCGGCGCCGACUUCCUCCCCUCCACCAGACCCGCGCUCCUCCCAACCUGCAACUGCUGCCCUCCAGCAGCCUGUAACGUUGCAGCACUCAAACCCCCCACCGCAGCAACAGUAGCAAAAGCAGAAGCCGCAGGCACAAUGUCGUGGUUCCAAAAACAAUUCACCCUCCCCUCCAAAGCGCGGGGCUCCUACCUCAUCACCUCGAUCGUGGAGAAGGAGGUCCCCGAAAUCGCGGCGUACAAAGUCGGGAUUCUGCAUUUGUUCAUGCAGCAUACUUCUGCUGGGUUAUCGCUGAAUGAGAAUUGGGAUUCCGAGGUUAGAGAAGACAUGUCUGAUGCGCUUGAUCGCCUUGCGCCGGAGGAUAAGAAGGGGAAUCUAUACCGGCACAACGCUGAGGGGCCGGACGACAUGCCGGCGCAUAUUAAGAGUGCGCUGGUGGGCGCGAGCGUUACUGUACCGAUUAAAGAUGGGCGAUUGGCGACGGGGACGUGGCAGGGGAUAUGGUACUUGGAGUUUCGGGCACAGAAGCAUACCAGGAAAUUGGUGGCGACGAUUCAGGGAGAAAAGAUGUGACUAGAUGAUGGUGGGAGAGGGAUGGUGAAAGAGAAAUUGUGAUAUGGCCGUACGACUCUAGGGCCAAUUGGGGUGAUUGAAGCGACAUGAUGCGAUGGGCAUGAUGCGAUGGGCAUGAUGCGAUGGGCAUGAUGCGAUGGGCA